UCCGCGAGCCGAGAGCGGAGCUCCGAGCUGACUGGGAACUUCUGUAGCGCUGAGACUUGCCAGUUUCACCCCCGGGAACUUUUUUGCAAGAGGAGAAAAGAAGGGCGCAAGUGCCCCACUUCUGCUCUUUCUUCCCUUCCUCCUCCUCCUCCUCCUCCAUCCUCUCCAAUUCGCCUUUCCCUCUUGGAGCAGGCAGCUGCGGAUCAGCCACCCCAGCGCCAGCCUCCAGCAACCAGGUGACGCGCCAGCCUCCCCGGGAGCCGCUCGCUCCGCGUCCGAGUCCGCGUCCGGGCAGCAGAGGGGAGAGGGGCCCGCGCCUCCAGUCCCCGAGCCGCCGCGGCUUCUCGCCUUUCCCGGCCACCCGCCGCCUGCCCCGGGCCCGCGUAUGAAUCUCCUGGACCCCUUCAUGAAGAUGACCGACGAGCAGGAGAAGGGCCUGUCCGGCGCCCCCAGCCCCACCAUGUCCGAGGACUCGGCCGGCUCGCCCUGCCCCUCGGGCUCGGGCUCAGACACGGAGAACACGCGGCCCCAGGAGAACACGUUCCCCAAGGGCGAGCCGGACCUGAAGAAGGAGAGCGAGGAGGACAAGUUCCCCGUGUGCAUCCGCGAGGCGGUCAGCCAGGUGCUCAAGGGCUACGACUGGACGCUGGUGCCCAUGCCGGUGCGCGUCAACGGCUCCAGCAAGAACAAACCGCACGUCAAGCGGCCCAUGAACGCCUUCAUGGUGUGGGCGCAGGCGGCGCGCAGGAAGCUGGCGGACCAGUACCCGCACCUGCACAACGCCGAGCUCAGCAAGACGCUGGGCAAGCUCUGGAGACUUCUCAACGAGAGCGAGAAGCGGCCCUUCGUGGAGGAAGCCGAGCGGCUGCGUGUGCAGCACAAGAAAGACCACCCGGAUUACAAGUACCAGCCGCGGCGGAGGAAGUCGGUGAAGAACGGACAGGCGGAGGCCGAGGAGGCCACGGAGCAGACUCACAUCUCCCCGAACGCCAUCUUCAAAGCGCUGCAGGCCGACUCCCCGCACUCCUCGUCCGGCAUGAGCGAGGUGCACUCCCCCGGCGAGCACUCGGGACAAUCCCAGGGCCCACCGACCCCACCCACUACUCCCAAAACCGACGUGCAGCCGGGCAAAGCUGACCUGAAGCGAGAGGGGCGCCCCCUGCCCGAGGGGGGCAGACAGCCCCCCAUCGACUUCCGCGAUGUGGACAUCGGCGAGCUGAGCAGCGAUGUCAUCUCCAACAUCGAGACCUUCGACGUGAACGAAUUCGACCAGUACCUGCCUCCCAACGGCCACCCGGGGGUGCCGGCCACGCACGGCCAGGUCACCUACACGGGCAGCUACGGCAUCAGCAGUACCGCAGCGACCCCCGCAGGCGCGGGCCACGUGUGGAUGUCCAAGCAGCAGGCGCCGCCGCCCCCGCAGCAACCCCCGCAGGCCCCGCCAGCCCCGCAGGCCCCCUCCCAGCAGCAGCAGGCGCCCCCACAGCAGCAGGCCGCGCCCCCGCAACCCCAGCAGGCGCACGCUCUGACCCCGCUGAGCAGCGAGCCCGGGCAGUCGCAGCGAACCCACAUCAAGACAGAGCAGCUGAGCCCCAGCCACUACAGCGAGCAACAGCAGCAUUCGCCGCAGCAGAUCGCCUACAGCCCCUUCAACCUCCCGCACUACAGCCCCUCCUACCCGCCCAUCACGCGCUCGCAGUACGACUACGCCGACCACCAGGGCUCCGGCUCCUUCUACAGCCACGCCGCCGGCCAGGGCUCUGGUCUCUAUUCCACCUUCACCUACAUGAACCCCGCCCAGCGCCCCAUGUACACCCCCAUCGCCGACACCUCCGGGGUUCCUUCCAUCCCGCAGACCCACAGCCCGCAGCAGUGGGAGCAACCCGUCUACACACAGCUCACCAGACCUUGAGGAGACCUUCAGCAAAGGCCGAGAUGCUCAUAACAGUAACCGAAGAAAGAGAGAAACCAGAAUUCGCUUUGGACGUUUUUGUUUGUUUUCUCCUGUUUCUUAAAGACAGGAAAGCUAAAGGCGGCUCGUUCUGAGAUUCCAAGACAGAAACAUUGUCUAUCCAAAACGCACGACCAACUUGUUGCGUGGGAAUCAGCGGCCAGGCCACUCCUGGCUAGGUGGGCCAGCAGCACCCGAGAGGAACUGGACUUCGACUUCGUCAGAGCAAGUGUGCAGGAGAGUAUCGGAGAAUCGCGACCCAUCUGCUCAAUCUCCCUGCCUGUCUGGACUUUGUAAUUAUUUUUUAGCAGUAAUUAAAGAAAAAAAAGUCCUCUGUGAGGAAUAUUCUCUAUUUUAAAUAUUUUUAGUAUGUACUGUGUAUGAUUCAUUACCAUUUGAGGGGAUUUAUACAUAUUUUUAGAUUAAAAAAAAACUAAAUGCUCUUAUUUUUCCAACAGCUAAACUACUUUUAGUUGAACAGUAUGCCCUAGCUUUUCUUGCAACCAGAGUAUUUUUGUACAGAUUUGCUUUCUCCUACAAAAAAAAAGAAAA